GCGGAGGCGGCGGCGAAGGCUGGCGGCGGCGGCGCGAUGGAGGCGGCCGCGCGGCGUGGAAGCGGCGGCGGAGGGGCCGGCGGGCCCGGGGGCUGCGGGUGCAAGGGGAUCCGCGCCUGCCUGCUCUGCGAGGCCGCUCCGCCCCCGCAGAAAAAUGCAAACUUUGUUUACUGCCCACUGACUGGCUUUGCUGUGGGAGAAAAAGAAUCCAAAUUUGCAGGCUGGGCCUUUCCUUUUCCAGGAGUGUUUUUGCUGGAAAACUUCAUAAGUGGAGAUGAAGAACUCAAAAUAGUUGAGCUGAUGGAUCGAAAUGCUUGGAAGCCAUCACAGUCUGGCCGAAGAAAGCAGGUGGUUGAUUGCAAUGGCCUCUGUGAGCGGGGAAAGACCGCUCCCAUCCGAACUGAUCAGUUUACUAACAUUUCUUCAGCUGGGUGGCAGUUCUGCUCAGAAAACAUAAUGCUUCGUCCAAAGCAGUUUGGUAAGGAUUAUGGCCCCAAAGUGAACUUCAAGAAGCGCAAAUUGAAAGUGGGUACUUUUGCUGGGCUGCCCUGCUUCAGCCAGGAGAUCGUGGCACGGAUGAGAAACUAUUCUGUGCUGGAGGGCUUUUUUCCUGUUGAGCAGUGCAACCUAGAUUAUGGCCCUGAGCGAGGAUCCUCGAUUGACCCACACUGGGAUGACUGGUGGGUUUGGGGGGAGCGCCUGGUUAGCUUAAACUUGCUUUCAUCAACGGUGCUUUCCAUGUCUUGUGACUUGGACGACAGUUUCCAGUUAUUCCCUGCCUUUCUACAACAAGACAAGCAGAUGUACAGCUCCAGACCUCCGGAUGUUUCUCAGGACCAUCAAACUGUUGAUCCCACUUCCACUGGGUCGGUUCCAUUCAAAGAAGUAACUGUUGCCAUUCAUCUGCCUCGGAGAUCCCUGGUGGUUCUCUAUGGAGCCGCUCGCUAUAAAUGGAAACAUGCCAUUUAUCGCAAUCAUAUUAAAAGCAGGCGCAUCUGCAUCACUUUCAGGGAAUUGUCUGCAGAGUUCAGUCCUGGAGGAGAACAGGAAGAGCUGGGCAAAGAACUCCUGGGAAUGGCACAGACGUUCCAGGGAAUACCUGUAUGAGCAUUCAGGUGAAAGAACUGGGACUCUUUGUUUGGCCACUGGAAAUUAAAAAUUCAGGGCUUUCGUAAA